GAAUAAACUCUGACAUUAGUCUCAAUUUGGAUAAGAUGUACCAAAAACGUAUCAUCAAGUCUUGUCCAUUGAAAUUGCUUGCAGUGAUCACCUUCAUGGCAUUGGCGUAUACUGCUAUUAGUUACAUUCACCAGGAUUCAGCCGCUUCACCCGAUGAUCUGGAGGACGAUUAUGCAUAUUCGUGGCAGAGUUCUCAAGAAAAGAUUGGUGUACUAGAAAGACGUCUCACACGCGCGUCCAAGUCCUUGGAACGGUUGUGGUGCGCAACGAGAGACGUCAUGAGCAACGGCGGGUUUUGUGUCACUGCUGACAGAAUCUACACUGGCGGAAAUAUAAUUUUCGAACCUGAGUUGUGCUACUUCGUGGAGGAAUUGGUGGGCAACGCCUCGGUGGCGGACUUCGGUGCAGGACUCGGCAAGUACGGCAUGUGCUUGCUGCGUAAAAACCAAACGAAUUUUCAGCUCAGUGAGAAACAGAAGAAAGAAUACAUCGCUGAUAUGCAAGCAACACUACAAAGCAUCAAAAAGACCCCUAAAGUAGUAUAUUCAUGGCAUGGUUUCGACGGUGGGAUAGCAAUCGAGGAAGUGAGCGGAGGCUUCAUCUCCCACGCCGACCUCAGUGAGGAGGGACUCUGGCUCGGCAGAAAAUGGGACUGGGUGAUGAGCAUAGAAGUUGGGGAGCACAUCCCUCGAAACAGCGAGGAUUAUUUCCUUGAUAACCUCGCGCGUCAUGCUUGUCAAGGUAUUCAACGAGUUCUUGUUUCUGUAACAUACUAA